AUGGGAAGGGAUGUUACAAGCUUACACAUUGACAAAAAAACAAGUGAAAACCCUAAUGAUAGCACUCAAUCUGCAGUUCGUGUUGCUCCAAAAGCCUCACCUGAAAAAACCGGGAAUGCCCAGCUUCCUGAUGAAGUCAAUGAGGGACAGGAUGUGCUGGCAGUGAAAAGCACCAAUGGUGGGCUCGAGGAGAAGAUCAUUAAGGCCGAGGUACACAGUUCUGCUGAUAAAAAGAUGAACUCGCCAGCAAAUCUCGAAUCAGGGCCUGCUGAAAAUGGGACAAUUAAAGAGGACCAUGCUAAUGGGACCGAAUACAAUGGAUCCGGUUUAAAAGUUUUGUCCAAAUCUAGUGAUUUGGAUUCCCCCAAAUCGGGGAAGAAAUCCCAUUCGACCACAAAUUUAAUGUCAAGGAAGCAGCUAUAUGACGAAGAAGACAAUUGGUCAUUGGCUUCCUCUACUGCGACUUCUGUACGGACCAAAAUUACUGUUCCGGUUGCUCCAAGAUUCAGUUGUGUGAACCGUUUGGAGAGACGCAAAGAGUUUUAUACAAAGUUGGAAGAAAAGCACAAAGCCUUGGAGAAAGAAAAAGUCGAAUAUGAAGCAAGAAUCAAGGAAGAAGAACAAGCAGCAAUAAAGCAGCUGAGAAAGAAUAUGGUGGUCAAAGCAAAUCCUGUUCCCAGCUUUUAUCGUGAAGGGCCUCCACCAAAGGUUGAGCUUAAAAAGUUGCCAGUAACCCGCGCCAAAUCCCCAAAUUUGACGAGGAGAAAGAGCUGUGGUGAUGCAGUGAAAUCGUCUCCAGAGGACAAGGCAACGAUCCGUGGACGUGCUACCCGUCACAGUGUGGGCCCGGGCCCGUUUAAGGAAGUCAAAGCCUCUCCCAUUAUUAAAAAGGGUUCUCCCAUAACUCCCAAAAGCAAGGACCGUGCAAACGGGCCUAAGAAAGUCAAGAAUCAACAACCCAAAAAAGACGCAUCAGCCGAGAAUUCUCCCUCACAAGUCAAGAAUGAACAACCCGAAAAAGACACAUCAGCCGAGAAUUCUCUUGUGAGGGAGCCCGAAAAUGGAGAUAUUCCCAUUGUUGAGUCUUGA